AUGAACCCCAACCACGAACUACACCUUCAAAGAGCGCAAAAUUUCACCCCAGCACACAACUCGCGCAACCCUCAAUAUGGCCUACCCAACCCUAAAUUCCAGCCUACUGGAAACUUUUAUUCGCAGAAUGCCACCAACCACAACCAGUCACAUAACCUCGACGAGCUAGGAAGCGAACCUCAACAGAUAUACUUUAUUGACAGUCGGGGUGAGAUUGUUUGCGCCCCCGUCAACCAACAAGCCCAAGGCCACCACCCAACUUUAGAGCCCAAUAACCCAGCACUUGGCCCCCAUCGCAAUCUUUAUCAUCAGGACGGUACUUUUGGAAGAACUCCUUACCUCCCUCGUCACAACGCACAACCAAAUUCCUAUCCAGGUCCUUUUCACCGCGCGCCUUUUGGAACCACUCCCGUCCCGCCUAACUAUACACGAGCAAAUCUUUAUCAAGAUCAUACCGCCAGCACCGAAUCUUUUGACUCUCCCGUUGGUACUACCCCUGUUACUCGCCGGGCUCCUCAAGAGAACCAAGUUCCCCCUGUCACUCGCAGCGCUCCUCAAGAGAACCAAGUUCCCGCGGACAACAGCAGAGCUCUUCCCAAGAAGAAUCAUGCUGAAAUCAACAAGAUCCUCUGUAAUCUCACCAAAGAUCGUUGCCCUUCAAACACCCAACCCACUAGCGGUUCCAAUCCUCCCCCAUGCCCGGAAGAUGAAGUCGAAUCGGACAAAGAUGCCAGUGAAAAUGCCGCUGACAGCAGGAAGAAAGACAUCAAAUCAGAAAACACCUGCGUUCCUGGAAACGUGAAUAAACCAGGGCAGUCACCUGCAGAUGAUGGAGAAAAUGCUAAAAACCGUAUCACCGAGCUUCCAGAAGAAAUUAUGGAGGAGAUCGUUGGUAUGGAGCUUGAUGAGCUACGAGAAUACGAGGCCCUGCAUGCCACAUCAAAAUGUCUGCCGUCGUACCUCAAAGCAGAGGUCGAUGAAUUAUAUUACGAAUUCGAGCGGCAACUCUACAUUUUCGCCAUCCAUCCGGAGGCACGGGAAAUCUUCUCUCAGACCGUCUUAAAACUUAAAGAAAGGUGCACCGCCGUUGCUCAGGUAUGGAAGACCUUUGAUCCUGCCACCAAGCUCAAGUACAAGGAUCCGGCCUUUCUCGAAUCCAUAUGUGGAGACAAGCCGCUCGAAAUCACUAAUGGCGUAGUCCAGACCGCCAGAGAUGUUCACAUCUCAAACACAAAACUAACUCUUGGCUCGAACCAAAAGAGUAUCACCUUUGUCAGGCGAUGGGUGAAAGAAACGGUCAGAAGGAUGAACGAGAUUGCCGCCUGUCAUCGAAUUCAAGGAAUGCUUGUUGUUGCCUCGGCUAAAUCUUUGGGUGAUCUGUUCAUCCAAGAAGGUACAAAGAUGGGCAACGCGUUCCUAAACAUACUCACAAACAACGGUGAUCCCUUGCGCAAGUUUCACACAUAUGUCGCAGGUAUGUCAGUUGUUGCCGAACUCACCAACAAAGAUCCAAACGAGCUCGCAUGCGUAAAUGAAAUCCAUCCGAGAGACUCGGCCUCUGUGAGCAAAAGCAAGCCAGCUCAAAAGAAACGGAAGCUUGCCGAGCUCACCAACAAUGACGAGCAAGAAGAUCAUCAGAAGGACAAAUAUUGCCAAGGCACACUAAAAGAUAAUAAAAAGCUUAUCAGCCAAAAAUUGCUUGCCCUUCUCAGCGGGAAGAAAUUUCGAGGCUGGCCCGGAAAAAAUGCUGCCCGCGAUCUGAAAGCGGCGCAUAUCUCAGUAAAGGUCAAACGAAACAAUCCUGAUAGAUUUAUUGCAGACGAGCUUUGUCAGCCAAUCAACGCUAUCUCAAUUGAAACUUCAGAAAGGAUAUUGCGAGCCCUUGGUGAAGGGUGGGUUCAAGUUAAAUUCAAGGAAGAUGCUAGUUCCAAUGAAGAAGAAAACAAGGGCCACCUUCCUUCUCAUAACAAACGUGCUUGUCUUUCUCGUCGCAAAGCUCCGCGCAAGAUCUCUGUGGUUAAUAGCAGUGAGGAAGAUGAAGCUUCUGAUCAAGAAAGCCGUGGUUGUCGUGAUCAAGAUGGUGAGGAUGAGGAUGAGGAAAACGACUGA